GCUCACCCAGGAGUGUAACAAGGUGGAAUUCAGGAGAGACUACCGUAUUUGCUUCAGAGACUGGACUACGGUGGGCCAGGAGAUCCCGCUGCGACCAUCCACAGAAUUCCCCGACCCCUUCCCACCCCACCAGCUGGCAAUGGUCGAUAUGCAAUGGUAUGGAGCAGAGUGAGGAAGACCACAGGCAAGACCACAGGCUGAUGGGACCAAGUAAGGAAGCAGCGGGUCAACAAACAGGACACGGAAGGUAUCGGCGGAUAUUCAGAAGAAGUAGGAAGUAGCCGCUAGGGAAACAGGAGGGAUCUGGCGGUCUGGCGCAGACUGAAGAGGCGGCACCCUGAAGUGUACUGCUGUCCAACAUACUUAUCAUUAACCCUGCACAGUUAAUCCCCUGGCAACAGGGCAAUCGAUGCUGGCAGGCUGUCGGAUGUACAACGGGACGCUGGACACGCUUUCCAGCAGGUGCUGCUCCCCACCAAUAGACCGGAGCACCCAGGUCUCUUGCUAGGAGGGGGUGCUCUUAUCACCUCUCCUAGCAUUGUGUCUCAAAGAACAAAAACAAAACAAAAUAAAAAAUCUGCAAGGCUGGGGCCGCAUGCUGGCGGUUUCAGGAAACUUACCUAUCAAACCUAAGACAGGCAGCGGUGAUGAACACAAGGACCAUUCCAUGAACAAAGUCCAAGACUAAAAACCAGGUCCAAAACCAAAACCAGGUUCAAACAGUAGACAGGGUUAGGUGCAGCAUAUUCCUCAGGAGGCGUGUAAUGCAAUGCCACGAUGAACACUUGUGUGCAAAUUGACUUGAUGCACCCUUCGAAAAUAAUGCACACGAUCCGCAACGAGGCAGGGCACAAGUCUCAAACAUUACCCUUCCCGCAACAUAGCGCAAGCAUUUCCGAGAGACGUUUGCCCAGAACACUCUUCUUCUUACAUCCUUGAAGAAACCAACUCGGCCAUUCUUAGAGCAUAAAGUUACAUAAACACACUGGGACUUCCACAGACGAAUCUAACUGCAAUUACGGCCAGGCUCGGAUGAAUCUGACUUGAAUCAGGUCCAGAGCUCAGUACAAAAAGUCGUAGUGUGAGUAAUGCCCUUAGCCACAUAAACCCAACUGGCCUUUCGAUGUCAACAGGGACGAUCGCGAUCAUAUCACCUUUUUUUUUUCUUCUCUUUUCUCCUUAAUAACCAUCAUAGCUAUACGAGCUCCAGCAUGUGAUGUCAGACUUUUUCCUAAAUACGAGAAAACGACAGUCAAGCCAUGUGGAAACACUGGAAAAAAAAAAAAGAAACACUGGAUCAACUCUCCGAAGUACAAAAAAGGCGCAAAAAAAAGCUAAAAAAAACAAACAAACUGCCACCUAUAGAGUUCCAACACUGGGACAGUCAGAAACGUCCCGAUUUUUAUGCGUCCCCUGCGAUCACCACAUUCUGAGGUAUCCUAUGCUGAAUUUGACUUUGACUUUGACUUGAAGUGGACUUUGACUUUCGACUGCAAAGUAGUUUGACUUUCGACUGCGAAGUGGACUUUGCCUUUGACUGUGAAGUGGGCUUUGACUUUUCCCAAAAAGGAUGGCAGUCUUGAUCUUGCCAGCAUCUGCAAGAUGGGUUAUGAGGGGCAACGUGGCAUUAGGACCCAAGGAUGACAUGUGGCAUUAGGACCCAAGGAUGACAUGUUGCAUUAGGACCCAAGGAUGACAUGUGGCAUAGAUGGCUGCCCUAUAGCCCACGUGGCAUUAGGACCCAAGGAUGACAUGUUACUGUUCUGCCAGCUUAGGGAGAGACAACAGCAGCAGCGGAGAACUAGAGCAGCAGAGGCCAGCAGGGCGUUCGCAAGCGAAGCCGCUGCUUCAGCAGCCAUGGCAACUGCUGCGCAGCAGAGUUCCCAGGCCAGCAGCUCAGGGACCGUAGGGUCAACGAUUGCACAAACCCUGAGUCGGUCCACUUGCGUUAUGGCAAGCCAGCCAAUAGUGUUGACCCCUGAAAAGGUCGCCAUACAGCAAGCAGCGCUUGGCGAGGCACAGCUACAGAAGGAUUUAGGGGAGAUAAAAGCAGAGAAAGAGAAGAUGAUUAGAAGAAGAGCCAGGAUGCAGCGGCGACAAGCAGAUAUUAGCGAGUUAGAGGAGAUGAACCUGACAAAAAUGAACGAUGAUGUGAGGACCCUGAGGACGGCCUUGCUAGAUGUAGUAGAGAUGCAGGAUCACCAAAUGGCGCUCUUACAGGACAUCCUGCAGAGCCUAGCCAUGCUGGUUGGGCGAGCGCAGUCAGCACCAUCGCCAUCUGGGCCCGGUGCCUGGCCCGUGGUACAACCUCCUCCUUUUGUCCCACCGGUGACUGGGGUAUCCCCAUAUGCCUCUCCAGCAUCGGCCCAAGCCGUUUCCCUAGGUAUGCCGCUAACAGGAGGGUUCUCAGCAGGUCCCAGUGUAUUGAUUCCUGUACAGAAAGUGUAUUCCCAACCUUCAGCGCAGGUUGCCGUAACUGGGCGGCCUGCUGUCUCGCAGUCAGCACAGCCGCAUGGCACACAACCCCAACAGCAGCUAGUACAACAACCUGCACCCCAGGGUCCACAGCCCGGAGUGGUGCAGGUACCGGGACAAACACAGUGGGUUCCAAGGACGACCAUCGCCUCACCCAAACCCUUUUCAGGGGACAAGAGGGGCGAAGACCUUGACACAUGGUUGAGCGAUGAUCUCCCAAUGGACAUCCUGUUGGGUAUGUACUAUCUUUCAGUUGCACAGCCUCAAUUUGACUGGGACCGAAAAGUGGUCAAACACACUUUGCCUAGAGGGGGAACCGCCAUAUUACGUAAGUUGAAGGUUAGUAGUCUGAUCGAGUCCUACGGAUGCAUGUGUGCGGCCUCAUUCUAUAAUUCUUAUAAGCAAAAUCCAAAGGAGGGUAUGUAUCUAGUAUAUGUCUCUGCAGCAGGCGAGCCGGUCAAAAUGCCGCCGGAGAUAGAGGGAGUAGUCGCUAAGUACCCUGAUCUAUUUGAAGAGCCGAAAGGGGUUGUUGAGAGGGAGGUCGUCCAUGCAAUAAAGAUUAUCCCAGGGUCUAGCAUUCCGAAGGGUAGGAUCUAUCGGAUUUCUCCAGGCGAGCUUGACGAGCUUCGCCGGCAGCUCAAGGAACUCGUAGAGAAGGGUUGGAUCCGACCGAGUGUCUCCCCAUACGGAUCUCCAGUCUUAUUUGUACCGAAGAAGGGGGGAACUUUGAGGAUGUGCAUUGACUAUAGGGGCCUCAAUGCCAUCACUGUCAAGAGCCGAGAGCACCUACCUCGCAUCGAUGACUUGUUGGACCGAGUGCAAGGGUGUCGGUACUUCAGUAAGACAGAUCUGAAGUUCGGGUACCAUCGGAUUGCAAUAUGGCCUGAGGAUCAACACAAACCCGCUUUUCAGACCAGGUACGGUUUGUACGAGUUUGUGGUGAUGCCUUUCGGCCUUUGCAAUGCUCCUGGCACCUUUCAACACGCAAUGAACCGGAUCUUUCAUGACUACCUGGACAAGUUUGUCAUCGUGUACCUCAGUGACAUACUUAUUUUCAGUAGGACUGUCGAGGAGCACGUUGGUCAUUUGGAUAAAGUCCUUAGUCUCCUUCGACAACACAAGUUCAAGAUCAAUCGGGAGAAGUGCGAGUUUGGCCGCACCCGGAUCUUGUAUUUGGGUCAUGAGAUUUCCGCGGAGGGAUUGAAGCCCGAUGAAGUGAAGCUGACCAGCAUUCGUGACUGGCCGCGUCCUCAGUAUGUGACUGAGAUGAGGUCCUUCUUAGGGAUUACCAGCUACUACCGCAAUUUUGUAAAGAAUUAUAGCAUAGCAGCCGCCCCUUUGACUGACCUGACAUGCCGUGACACCCCAUGGGAAUGGACAGACAGCCUGCUACUGACUUUUAAGCCUAGACUGCCUCUAGACUUCCUGCUACCUGAGAUUCAGCCGACAGCUGCACCCGAGAUGUUAGAAUUUGCAUAUCGAUAUGAGCAUUUGAUGCAGCAAGCGGUAGAACAGAUGCACAAGGCCCAAGCGACGAUGAUAGAGUAUGAGAACAAGCACCGUCGCAGCUCUACAUUUCAGGUAGGGGAUAGAGUCUGGGCCAAGUCCUCAGAACUGGGACAGGAGCACGGGAUAUCCCUCAAGCUCAUGCCACAGUACUUUGGACCUUGGGAGGUUCUUGAUAUUGUUGGGGAGGAUCGGGAUGGGCCAUCAUAUGUAAUUAGGAUCCCUGGUCAUCUUCGUACUUACCCUGUUUUCCACGCCUCUAAGCUUGCACCAUUCGAGGAAACUGAUCAGUUUCCCUCGCGAUGCUCAAUGCUGCCCCCAACCAUGGAUGGAGAGGUCGACAUCGAUGACAUUGUGGACCACAGAGAAAUGCCACUUCCAAGACCGAUAGGCAGGGGACGUCCUCCUAAGCCGAAGCUGCAGUACCGCGUUCGGUUUAGGCAUCACACUGAUCCUAAGGAGGACAAACGGUUCACUCGGGAGGAACUGAUGCAGACCGCUCAACAAGCUAUCGCUCAUUAUGAGAAGUCACUACAGAAAGAAAAGCGCCAGAUUGAGUAAUGGAACUUCUCAGAGGACUGUCGAAGUAUGGAAGAGGGAAUGCGAGGCCCAAGGCCUCUAUUUGCCCUAUUGGGCCCCAUUUUCUGUACAGUCGGCCGCCCUAACUGAAGGCAGGCUCGACCCAAGGCCUACAGGCCUACUUUUGGGGUCACCGCGCAGCUGGGCAAUUUCAGGCAGUUGCGCAGCGCCAGUUGGUUGAGAGCGCCCAGGCCCAGGCUGCCUUUUUCCGUAUGUAACUGAGGCAGGCCCUCGGCCAGAUACGCAAUAUGGACCGA